UUUAGUUUGACAACGAACAUUGCUUCGAAUACAUUACUGCUGUUUCUGUCUUACAAUAUUACUUGUCCUCGAGUUUUCGCCAUUUCACGUUGCGUCAGUUAAUUAAUAAAUAUAUACACAAGUUUUUCAAAAAAAGAUAACUCUAUUUAUAUAUAAAACGAACUAAUUACUAAAUUUGCAGUUUAGUUUGUUGUUCGGACGACUUGAUAAAAAUUAAAUUAAAUAUUCCAUCGACGUGAACGACAUUUGCAAGUUCCGAUUGUGAUUUGAAGAGUGGAAAUUGUUUUGUGUAUACAUAUUUUUUAUAAGUACAAUGGCUGUCAUUUCUUCAAAACAGAGCGUCUACAGAUGGAUACUAAAGCAUCAACAUAAAUUAAAACAAACUGUUAGAUCCUGUUCCUUGCAAGUUAAAGAAGCUCCUCAAAUAGAUGAUAUUGCAAAUGAACGUUAUGAAACUGAUUCGGAAAUAACAUUUAAGGCUAGUGAUCUCACUACAAAACUCGCCGAUCCGGGAAAACUUCGACCAAAACCUGAUGUUAGUGAAUUAAAAUUUGGACAUUUCUUUAGUGACCAUAUGCUGAAAAUAAACUAUUACGAAAAAUUGGGAGGCUGGCAGAAACCCAAAAUAGUACCAUUUGGAAAUCUUUCACUGCAUCCUGCAGCUAGAGCACUACAUUACGCUAUUGAGCUAUUUGAAGGAACAAAAGUGUAUAGAGGUGUAGAUGGCAAAUUGAGAUGGUUUCGACCGGACCUAAAUAUGAUACGUAUGAAUAAAUCCGCCGAAAUGGUCGGAUUACCAACUUUCAACUGUGACGAACUGAUUAAAUGUAUUACCAGAUUAAUACAAAUAGAUCAAGAAUGGGUACCGCAUAGUGAGAAGGCCAGUUUGUAUAUAAGACCUACGUUCAUCGCCAUUGAUGGAACUCUCGGAGUAGCGAAAAGUGAGUCUUCAUUACUUUACGUCAUAAUGUGCCCUGUGGGAUCUUACUGGGCAGAAGGGCAAAAUGAUUCCGUCGCUUUGUAUGCAGACCCAAGAUACGCUCGAGCUUGGCCCGGUGGUUGUGGAAACAGUAAAUUAGGUUCAAAUUACGCACCGACAAUUAGAGUUCAAAGUGAUGCUCAGAAAAGAGGCUUGCAGCAAGUUUUGUGGUUAUAUGGACCGGAGAACUACAUUACAGAAGUGGGAACUAUGAACAUUUUCCUUUAUUAUAAAGAUUCUAAUGGAGAAAAAGUUUUGGCAACUCCGCCAUUAAACGAAUUAAUUCUUCCUGGUGUAAUAAGAGACUCCAUACUUGCAUUGGGAAGGCAAUGGAAGGAAUUUAGAGUAGAAGAACGGAUGGUAACGAUGAGGGAAUUAGUAAAUCUCCAAAAACAAGGACGACUUUUAGAGAUGUUUGGUGCGGGUACUGCUUGUAUAAUAACCCCUGUAGCAUCUAUCGAAUUUCUCGGCGAUACCAUCACCAUACCCACCAUGCAACAGGAGAAUCCCAUUUACCGAAAAUUGAGGAGUUACCUUUCGGCUAUUCAAUACGGUCACAUAGAACACCCAUGGGGAAUGAUAAUCGAUUAGUAAUAUCGAAUAGUAUUUAUAACGACUGUGGUACAUAUGUAAAUAGCUUUGUUGUUUUUAAUUUAUGUUUUUAGACUUAAAUAAGAACGAAAAACGUCCUGAACUAAAUAUUUGACGACUCUGGUCAAAAUAAAAACUCAACUUGCCACAUGCGACAAGGUUACAUAAAGAGCGAAUAUAAAUUCACAUUCGAACAAUGCUGCCAACCUUUGUAAAGAGCAUGGAAUUUGAGGUUAUUUUGAUUUAAAAUCAUGGACAUAUUUUAGUGUUAUAUUAAAAUUGUUUAACUUACCAUUUCGUAUCUUUUGUUGAAUAUGUUUUAUAAACAAAUUCUGAUUUCAUUUGCGCCUAGAGCGAAGAAAAGGGUAUAAACUUUUGCUAACAAGAAAGGGAAAGGGAAUGCACAAAUUCAUUUUUGGUUUUAGGAUUGAAUAUGCAACAGAAAUGACUUCUGAUCCACAAUAAUUAAUGAAAUUGAAGAUGUUAGACAACAAAUUAUGAAAAACUGAGCGGAGAAAGGUGGGAUUACGAACAAGACAAACUUGACAACAUCAUACAAUGUAUACAAGAUUUUCAGUGCUUGAAUUCAAUAUUCCAAAGAUGCAGUUUUCAACCAGAUUAAUAUAAUAGCUACUUUCCAUCUACAUGAAAUUUCAGAUUAUUCUCACUUGUGAGGUCUUAACUCAGUUCAGUGCAAUUUUCUUUUCAAUCUCACAAGUGAGACUUAACUGAGUUUUUAUUAGCAAUCUGUAUAAGUUUGAGAUCGUGUGCUUUAGUGAUUUUUGUGAACUCAGAUUGAAAGUGAUGUUGAAGACAUCACGUCAGAUUUUGCCAUCAAAAUAAGCAAGAAAGUACUAAAUAUUAAAUGGUGUCGUUUCUUUCGCUGCGAGUAUCAGACGAUAGACCAAUGAUAUUGGUAAAUUUUAUGUGAUUAUUUAGAAUAUCAACUCACAUUACGCAUUCCUUUUAUUCACUGGGCAGUGAAGUCAUUAUCUGAGUAUAAGAUUCUCACGUAAUUGAGUGACUCAGUUCACUUAAAUGUAAAUGGAAAGCAGCUGAUAUCUUGGCUUAGUUAAGCUGUGGCUUGUUCGUACUUACGAUAGCUAAUUCAUAUUUUUGAUUAAUGUAAUUUACGAUCUUUGCAUUUUUUUAAAAAUUAUAGUUUGACGUAUAUAAAUUCAUCUACUUUACGGUUUGAAAUAGUUAUAGGCAAUGAAACUACAACAUCUCGACUAGGCAUGUAGGGCAUAUUAAAUCAUAAAAUUUUUAAAUGUAAUUAUAUGUGAAGAAACAAAAUAUUUUUUAUUUAUUUUCCACUAAAAGUUUAGACAAAUGUAUUAGUCGUAAUUUUAAUGAUUUUGGAUCAUUCUACUCUACCAACAGGGCACUUAGAUACAUAUGGUGGGGUAAAGUUGAAUGAAAUUGUUUAAAUUAUAAUUUUUAUUUAUAAUCACUCUUACAAAUUACUUGUUACUUUACCAAGUGUAAUAUUUUUAGUCUUUAGAACAGAAUUGCUAAAACUUUCUUUCCUUCAAUUAAAAUAAAACUAAAAAAAAAUAGAAACAAAAAAAUCUAAAAUUACAUUUAAGUACUAUCAUCAAAUUUUGUUCAUUAUUUUUAUUAAAUACUGUUAUUUUUGUUCCCCACCACGUUGUCCCUUUUUUUCUCAAGUAUAGAUCCUAUUACUUUGUCUCAUGUCGCUUUAGGUCUUCCUCUUUUUUUGUUUUUGCCUGAUUUUACUUCCCGAACUCUCUUCACUAGUCUUAAAUCUUCCAUUCUUUGUAAAUGACCCGACCAACUUAACUGCAUUGGCUCAAUGAAUUUAAUGAGAAACAUGAUUUCCAGAUUUUGUUGUAUUUUUGUGUCACAGUAAAUAGUGCAGCAUAUGCAUUCAAGGAGGUAACAAAUAAGGAUUUGUCUUUGGGAGCACUAAGUCACACAAGGUUUAGCAGCAAAUAUAAAAACUUGCGAUCUCUUCAACAACACUUACUGCACACUCUGGGCAAUAUUGAAGCAACUGACUCAAAAACUGGCAGAGAUGCUCACGGAUUGAUCACACGUAUUACCAAAAUUGAGUUCAUUUUUGUAUUGAAUAUUGAACCUCUUUUAUGAAAAAAUUAAAUUUUUUCAUAGUACAAACAGAAUCAUAAUGGAUCUAUUCAUGAAGUAGUUCAGGUGGCUGACAGCGUAGUUAUGUCCAUAAAUGGUAAAAUACACGAAGAAGAAUUCCAAAAGUUUUUUACUGAAGCAUUUGAUUUUUGUGAAAGACAUGGCUUUGAGAGGCCAACAGUUGAACGCAAAAGAAAACUAACACCUAAAAUAGGAGAAGGAGGUGUUCAUCUUGAAUAUGAUUCGCAACUAUCCUAUUUUUUGGAAACGUUCUACUUCUCUGUUAGAUACACUUAGUGAGAGCAUUAGGUUACGAUUUAAAAAACAACAGACUCUACUCUGCAACAUGAAAUUAUUGCUGACUGCAUCGACGAAAAACAAUUCAGUUUGUAAAACCGUAUCAAAAAAGCAUUUUUUGUUGUGGUUAUAGUCCCAGAGCUGGCUACAUUAAACUGUACCGAUAAAGUACACGACGUUUGAGUUCGUAAACCCCUAGAAAAUAGUUGUGACGUUACCAAAUGGCUGUUCUGCCUGUUCGGAUAGGAAGCAUAUGAAAAUGCCAGCCGAGUUUCCACGUCGAACAAAUGUGCCUAAAAAACCGAUGGGGUACACGCGUGAAAAUUUUUUUAUAGGUUUUUAUAGAGUUCAACUAAGAGCGGUAAAGCAGUGGCAGAAAUGUAACCGUUCAGAAAACCUCCGGCAGAAGCGAUAAAGACUGUCGGAAAACUCAUGUGAAAAAACCGAUGGGGUACACGUGCCAAAAUUUUUUACGUGCUGUUAGGAAAAAUUCAAAAAAUAUCGACGUACAUGUAAAAUUAUAUACAUUCGCAGUUGUUGCAUUCAAAACCUGUUUUUUAUAAUGCCAUUCCAAAUAUCUUUUUGUUCUACCCCAAAUUGAAAAAAUAUUUAUAUAUAUAUAUGUAUAUAUAUAUAUAUAUAUAUAUAUAUAUAUAUAUAUAUAUAUAUACAUAUAUAUACGAAAACUUAAUUCGACUAAGUUUAAUAAAGUGAAAAUAAUGCAUUAAUCAAAUUAAGAUUUUUAUUAUUAACAUAAAUAGGGUUAUCGACGAUUUAAAACUUAAUUCCUUAAUAAUAGGUACACGUUCACGUCGCACACGCCUUAGGUCGGCCCUGGUAAAAAUAUUGAUUUUUUCGGCCUAUUUCGAUCUCUAUCUCCUAAUAAAGAUUAUUGUCAAUCAGAAGAGAGGUAAAAUAAAGGAGUUUUGUCAACACGAAAUAAAAUAAAUAAUUAAUUAAAAAAAUGUACUAAAUCCAUUUAAAACUGUUAACUUGCCUUUGAUAUACAGGGUGUUUCGAAUUAAGUACGCACUAUUGCUAACUUUUUUAAUAGUCUAGAUACGAAGUCGGUUAAAGAGCAAAGUAUUAGUAUUAUGUAUGUUUUAUAUGAGCUUUUAUAUUUUGCAAAUAAUUUAGAAAGGUUUGAGCCAAAAACAUACAGGGUGUUCUAUUAAAAAAUAUUCUAUUUGUCCGAAUUACUCGAAAACGGUAUAAGCAAUUGUUUUUCUGUUUUCACCAUCUUAAUCAGCGUGAAAAUACUACUUUGCAUAUUAAACGUCUUCGUAUCUAGAAUAUUAAAAAAGUGAGCAAUGGUGCGCACCUAAUUUGAAACACCUUGUAUAUGUGGAUAUUCACAGGAUGUUACAGAAGAUCGUGAACACAUAGCACAACAUAUCCAAUACUAUUAGCUGACUGCCUGUCGAUGCGAUCACAUCGAAUAAUAGAAUUAAUAUAAAAGAUAGAGAGAGCGAGGUAUAGGAGCUUGUUCAAGUGAGCCUGAACUGCUGAUAAAGAGAGAAAAAACAUUGAUAUACCACUCUUCAUCUCUUUAAUCUAUUCUGAUGCCGCCAUGACGUCGAACGGCAAAGGAGGAAAAUAACAAGUUUGAUUUUAAUAGAUCAUUUCGAGUAUCGUUGGCCAUUUUGUCGUGGUGCACAAAGGUUUUGUUUCCUUGUGUAGCAGAAUAAUAGUUUCGAGCGCUUUUUUAUAUAAAUGAGUAUUUUAUAUCACAAGAAGAAAUAGUACUGAUAAUAGUUUUAAUGUGAAUAACGAAAUGUUUAUCCUUCAAGAAAAUAUGACGGUUAAUUGUGACGUCAUCCUAAGAUGAGUAGUAGAGAGUUAUAAAAAGUGGUAAACCAAUGCUCUAUCUCUCUCCAAUACUAACAAUCUGUACAUCGGAUGCGUUUAAACAUUUAUAGGAGCAUUCUAGAAAUGUCAUCAUAUAAAUCGAUUAUUGUAAUAAAUGCUUGUGUAUCUAUGUGCCUCUUGUACCAUUGUGCCCGACUUUCUCUAAUUAUGAUAAAAAUAUCGUUUAAUUGCCUUAACCAACACUCUACAAUUUGUCAAAUUUUUUUAUAUA